UCGUCGGUCGUUUCCGAUCACAGGAAGAAGAACAACGCUUGAAUGGUUUGUUCAUAUCCCUGACCAGAAUCUGUAUUUGUUCUUCUUGGAAAAAUAUGGGUGAUCAACACAAGUUUUUGAAGAAACGAAAAAAGAAAGAGGCGCGAGAUGACUCAAAAGAACCGUCCAAGGAAGAAAACGAGAUUGGAAAAUAUCUGAGAUGGAACUGCCCUUCAAAGCCGUCCACGAUGAUGGGUGAAAAAGUUGAAUAUUUCAUCGGAUCUAAGGCAAUAGAUUGUCUGAUGGAUUCCAAGUGGGCCUCUGGCAAAGGAGGCACUGAGAUAUUGUUUACAGACCGGGAAUCUGUGGAGUUCUAUCUGGAUAAGCUGUUGAUUUUGGGGUUCUUUAAUCGUGUUGUUCGAAUAAAGAAAGUAAAGAAGACGAAAGAAGAAAAGGAAAAAGAAAAGGCAGAAAAAGAGAAGGAAAAGGAAAAUGACAAGGGGACUACAAAGGAGAAAGAUGAAUCUGAAGGCAAGAAAUCAAAGAAGAAACCUAAGAAGGAAAACUCAGAAGAGGGAAAAAAGGAUGACGAUACUACUGAGGAAAGAAAACCAAAAGCAACUGAGGGAAAUGGAGAUGGCGAGGGGAAAAAGAAGAGAAAGGUGAAAGUAAAACUGGAGCUACAUGAAGAUCAGAUAUUUGUUGACGAUGAUGACGAGGCUUAUGUGUGGAGGUUUGACCCCCUUCAUCCUAGGACUUUCAUCUUAGGAAUUUUGGUUGUGAUUGGUACCAUUGCCAUCUGUCUGUUCCCUUUGUGGCCCAGUAACAUCCGGGAGUAUGUUUGGUAUUUGAGUGUGUUGGCUUCAAUUGCUGUGGGCUCGAUUUUGGUUCUUGCCCUUUUGCGGUAUGUUUUCUUUGCAAUCGUCUGGGUUUUGACGGCAGGAAAGCACCAUUUCUGGCUUUUACCGAACCUUACGGAAGAAUGUGGCUUCUUUGAGUCUUUUGUUCCACUCUACACGCACGAAUAUAAAGGAAACAAGCCUGAAGAAAAACAACCUGAAAACGAAACGGAAAAAGACAAUGAGAAAAACGAAGAGGAGAAAGAGGACGAAGGGGAUGCAGCACAGGACAAGAAAGGCGAGAGCAGUGAAGAGAAAGAGAAAGAGCCUUGGGUCACAUUGACAGAAGAAGAAGUGGCUACAGCAAGAAGCGAAGUGGAUAAAGAUCUUGAGGAUUUAAAUGAUCCUUCAGUUUCUGAAGUGAAAUGCUGAAUAUUACUAUCAAAUAUUGGAUUUUAUUGUGUAUAAAGAAAAACUUAUGACUUGAAAUUACCAUACUGCUGACGUUACCAUUCAAAUAGCAUCAUUUGUUUGUUUAUUGCGAAAACGUUAUUGGGUAAUUAAUAAACUAAUUUGUUUGCGCGGUGCUGUUAAUGAGAGAAAAUCACUUUUAUUUACUUCUGCGAGGAAGAAUUCAUUUUGAGGGGCAAUUGGCGACUUAUUAGAAAGUGUAACAUUUCCAGACAGUUGUUGCAUUUGUUCAUUUGCGUUUCAACAGUUUGUUUUCUUUCAUUGUAUGAAAAAGUUAUUGAAUAUAUUUCUGUGGAAUACGUAGAAUUAAAUGUCCAAAUAUACGAAUGUAAUUAAAAUAUUUAACUGCGUGCUGUGUUUUUUUUUUAUUUGUUUCAUUCAUAGGAAUAGCUGUGCUCGUAGUGCGGUAGCAGAAGUACCCACUUUUGAACGAUGUUGUAAGCAGUGGAUGUGAUUGUGAUGUAAUACUGGAGUAACUGAAAGAUAAAUUAAAGUUGGAUAGAUUCA